AGCAAUAGCAAAAUGUCUCAAUAAAAAAUAAUCCUACAAGCGAAAAGUAGGAAGAAAGAAUUUGAAAAAUCUCAAAAACCCUCCUUCGGACUUCAAAUUUAAAAAAUCCCUGACGUCGAAAUAAAAGCACAAUUACCCUCCAAAUCAACCCCAACCUGAUUUUGACACACACCAUCGUCACUCUCACCCUCUCUCCCUCUCUCCCUCUGGAUCUGAGACAUGGCGUUGAACGAGCGUCAGGGCUCCGAAAGCGGACCCGACCCAGAAGAGCUGGAGGUGCUGGAGUGUGAAGUGAAGGAAAUGGCAGAGAAGAUUUUAGAGUACAGAGCCACUUUACCAGAUCAGCUCAAGAACACCUUCGCCUCAAUUCUCGCUGCUCAGAAACCCGUUUUUCUGAAUGGGUCGGAUCCUGGGACUUCCGCAGUUCCGAAUUCGGGUCAAGUUGCUUCUAAUAAGGGGGCAUUACUGGCUGAUGGAGAUCAGACUUCCGAGAAGUUGCGAUUGUUUAGAGAUAAACUUUCCAGCAAUGUUGCUGCCUUGCCUAUUGUUUUGAAGAGGAUGACAGAGUGUAUUUCAAAGAUUGACAAUUUAGACUCUGAAAACGUAAUCAUACAUCCUUCAUUUAAAAAGAAAAGGACCAGUUGAUCGAGUUUUCAACCCUUGAAUGGCUGCUGUAUCACCUGUUGAUUGAUGUAGAAUGACACAUGUUUUGAAAUUUGAUCAAAUUUGAUUCAUACGAUCAAAA